AUAUGCAACAUUCAGUCUGUUCCAGUAUAUUUAUUUGAAAUGGCUCCAACAAAGAUUAGAGGAGCACUUAAUAUGGGCUUCCAAAUGAUGAUUACAAUUGGCAUCUUAAUUGCAAACCUUAUCAAUUAUGGGACUUCCGAGCACGAAAAUGGAUGGAUAAUUUCCUUGGGUGUAGGAGCUGUGCCUGCAAUUUUAUUGUGUUUGGGAUCUCUUUUCUUGGGUGACACACCUAACUCCUUGAUUGAGAGAGGUCAGCAUGAAAAUGCUAAGAUAAUGUUGCAAAAGAUUCGCGGUACUAAGAACGUUGAGGAGGAGUUUCAAGAUCUUAUAGAUGCAAGUGAACAAGCUAAAAAGGUGGAACACCCAUGGAAGAACAUUGUACAACCAAAAUAUAGACCACAACUAACUUUUUGUAGUUUAACUCCUUUUUUCCAACAAUUCACUGGCAUUAAUGUUAUCAUGUUUUACGCACCCGUCCUCUUCAAGACUUUGGGAUUCGGUAAUGAAGCUUCCCUUAUGUCAGCGGUCAUUACUGGAGGAGUAAAUGUAGUUGCCACACUUGUUUCCAUUUUCACCGUAGACAAGUUUGGAAGAAAGAUCUUGUUCAUUGAAGGUGGCGCCCAAAAGUUUAUUUGCCAGAUUGCUAUUGGAGGAAUGAUUGCUGCAAAGUUUGGACUAAGUGGUGAAGGCUCGUUAACUAAAGGAGAAGCCAAUCUCCUUUUAUUUUUGAUAUGUGCCUAUGUUGCAGCUUAUGCUUGGUCUUGGGGUCCAUUGGGUUGGUUGGUUCCUAGUGAAAUAUGUUCUCUUGAAGCUCGAUCCGCAGGUCAAGCUAUUAAUGUUGGCGUGAACAUGUUAUUUACAUUUUUCAUUGCACAAAUCUUUCUCACAUUGCUUUGCCAUUUGAAGUUUGGCCUAUUCUUCUUUUUUGCUGGCUUUGUCCUUAUCAUGACUAUCUUCAUAGCCUUGUUCUUGCCUGAGACAAAGAAUGUUCCUAUUGAAGAAAUGAAUAGAGUGUGGAAGUCACAUUGGUUCUAG